AUGGAGGUACACAGAUGUCUUGCUCUUCUGCUUAUCCUACUGAGCCAUAUUGCCUGCCAUCCUCUCCCCAGGAAAAAGAGAAGCUUUAAUAAGUUGCUUGUGAUUUCCUUUGAUGGGUUUCGCUGGGACUAUGAUCAGGAUGUUGACACACCUAACAUGGAUCUCCUUGUAAGAGAAGGAGUGAAGGCCAAGUAUCUCACUCCACCAUUUGUCACCAUGACAUCUCCAUCCCAUUUCACCACCAUCACUGGUCGGUGGAUUGAAGAUCACGGAGUUAUCCACAACAUGAUGUUUAACACAGAGACACUCUGGAAGUACUCCUUCAAAGACACACAGAAGAAGUCGGAGUGGUGGGACAAUGGUGUGCUGCCUCUCUGGAUCACGGCCCAGAGGCAGGGAAGGAAAACUGCUUCAUUCCACUUUCCAGGGGGAGGUGCAAACUACAGUGGGGAGGCUGCGCAGAGGUCUCUUUUGGAGUCCUCUACCCACCCUAAUGACAAUGAGACUGAAUGGAGGGAAAAUAUUGACAUUGUCAUGAACUGGUUCACCAAAGAGAAUUUUGAUUUUGUAACCCUUUACUAUGGAGAACCUGACAAUGUUGGGCAUAUGAUAGGCCCUGAGACAGAAAACAGAAGAAUCAUAAUCCAGCAAAUUGAUAGGACUAUUGGUUAUCUAGUAAAAGCCAUUGAAAAAAAUGGCUUGAAGGACAACCUCAAUGUCAUCAUUACAUCAGAUCAUGGAAUGACCACAGUGAAGAAGCAGCCUAAUGUUACAGAGAUCUUACUGAAAAACUACAUUAAAUUCAGAGAUUUGGUGAAAUUUGAUAUACUGGACUAUGGUGGUUUUGGUAUGAUUCUUCCCAAGCCAGGGAAAGAGGGAGAUAUUUACAAUGCAUUAAAAAAUGCACAUCCUCACUUAAAGGUAUAUAAGAAAGAAGAGUUUCCAGAGCAUUUCCAUUUUGCCAAACACCAUCGUAUUCUACCCAUCUUGGUUUAUGGUGAUCCUGGCUACAACAUUAAUGGGCGGUUCAUACUAUAUAUCAACAAAGGGGAUCAUGGCUAUGAUAAUGCAGACAUGGACAUGAAAACGAUAUUCAGAGCAUUUGGACCAGAUUUCAAGAAGAAUCAUCUGGCAGAGCCUUUUGACAGCAUUCACAUUUACCCACUGAUGUGUAAACUCCUGAGAGUGACACCAGAACCUCACAACGGAUCUCUGACAGUUACACAGGGCAUGCUUGUGGACACUUUCAAUCAGGAAUCAGAUUUGGUAACAGGAGAUGAGACUUGGAGGAGAACUGCUUUGCAGAAAGCUGCUAUUGGCUUAGGUGUUGCUACAGGAGUGCUUGCCAUCUUGUUUGUCUCUGGUGUAGGUUACACGGCUGUUAGUCGAGAAAAGGGGCAAAGAAGUGAAAAGCAAGAAAGCAACAAAGAUUUACCUCUGACAGUUCUAAACCCAUACAUCACGCCUCUAGUGAAAAAAAAAUCUGCCCCUAGAGCCCGCCUCCAAGCCAGAUACCCAAUAACAGGCUCCGCCUCUAAAGCAAAAGCUGCUCCUCAAAUGCCCUGCCUCAAAUGCAAAUACCUAUCCCAGGCCCCGCCUCCAAGCCAAAUACCUUACCACAGGCCCCGCCUCCAAAGCAAGUGCCCGCCCCUCCUCAUAGGCUCCGCCUCAAAGGAAAAUACCCACCUCCAGCCAAAGCUUCCCACGAAAGUGCCAACCACAAGUCCCGCCUCCAAAUUCCUCCCCCAAGCACCGUCCCUACGGCCCCUCCUCCAAAGGCAAAGAUCCGCUCCCAGGCUCCUCCUCCAAGACAAAACUGUCCCGGGAGGGGAAGGGGGAGGACCUCCUCCCCCGUCGCUGUCUCGAACGCCCACCUCUCAGACCCCGCCCCCAAGGUCAAUACCUCCCCCUGACCUCUUCUUCCGAAGACACAUAACCCCAAGCCCCGCCUCUAAGGAAGUACUUCUUCUAGGCCCCGCCUCCAAACCAAAUCACCUAUCACAGGCCCCGCCUCUAAAUCAAAGGCCCGCCCCCAAGCCUGGCUCUAACACAGUCCCCACCUACAAGGAAAAUGUCCGCCCUACAAGCCCCGCCUCCAACCCGAACGUCCUCAUUAUAGGCCCCGCCUCUAAAGCAAAUGCCCUCCCCCAAGCCUACUUCAUAGACAGUGUGGGCGCCCAGACCCUGCCUCCAAAGCCAACCACCGUGCCCAGCAUUGUUUAG